GAAUGAGGGGAGGGUACUAUGGUCCCACGUGUCCUCAUCAUUUUUAUUGUAUAUCUACCACUUCCCCAUAUCGCAGAUUCGCAUACACUCAUGCAUAUAUAGAGCUUACUCACGCACAAUCCUGUAGGAUUUAUGCAUACGUGCACUCAAAUCUCCCCAUUUGACCUAUUCUACAUAAUCUAGGCUAAUUUGUCAAUUCCAUUAUUGAUCGGCUCUGGCAUAGGCCUAUUUGUUUUUUCAUUUAGUGAUAGAUUGGCUAUUUAAUUCAAAUGCCUGAUAUCGGUGAGACUGUAUGCUACGAGCUGAAUGGGAGAUGAGAGGACGAGCGUCAGCUGUCAACCAGAUUCAGUCGUUGUUUUUUUCUCUCUCGCCAUAAUCGUUUGUGCGUCGGUUUUCUUUUUAUCUGCGCCUGUUACACUGUAACGCACUCGAUGUUAAUUCGGGGGAAUAUGUGAACAUCAUGCUGGCGGUGUGGUGCUUGGUCUUUGCUGCAGUGGGCGAGAGGUUUGCCGUGUCAGUUGGCAGUUAUCAGGCCUCCCGCGUUACAGGCGGCGGAAGGUCGACUUUGGUGCGGGAUGCGAGUUUGUGGGAUUGGUUCUCGCCAGAGGAGCGGGGAGACAGCAGCGACAUUGCGGCGGAAGUCACCUAUCCAAAGCGGCUGGUGCAACAGAUGGAGUCGGAGGAAGAAAUGUCCCACGGCUAUUUGGAUACCCGCGUGAAGAAUACCACGGGAGGCACCUCGCCAGUCCAUUUGGCCCAGAGUUGUUUCCUGGUGGAAACCUUCGGACACACCUUCACCCUGGACCUGGAGUUAAACCACAACCUCCUGUCCUCAGACUAUGUGGAGCGGCACUUUCACCAAGACGGCAAACCCUCGCAGUCUAUGGGAGGGGAGCACUGCUACUACCAAGGGAGGUUGAGGGGCUUACCAGAGUCCUGGGCAGCUCUCUCCACCUGUCUUGGCUUAUGUGGUAUGUUUUCUGAUGGGAUGUUCUCUUAUGGGAUUGAGCCUCUGUUCGAUGGGACCAAUCAGACUGAGGGGGCCCACCUAGUGCGUAGGAUGCCUGAUGUCAGACUAUCCUCAGACUGUCAAGACUGCACAGACAACAGUGAGGGGGAUAGAGCCAGAGGUAAUGGUGAUGAGCAGAUGAAGGAUCCCCGGGUCAGUGAGGUGCUGAGGCGCUCUAAGAGACAGCUGCCACGCAGGCCCACCGUGCAGUCAGAGACCAAAUACAUUGAGCUGAUGGUGGUCAACGACUAUGAAAUGUUUGUGCAGCUGCGACGCUCCACUACCCAGGCCAGGAACUUUGCCAAAGCAGUGGUCAAUAUGGCUGAUGCAAUUUAUAGGGAACAGCUGAACACACGCAUCGUGCUGGUUGCCAUGGAGACCUGGUCGUCGGCCAACAUGGUUCCCGUGGUGACGGACCCGUUGACGACGCUGCAGAACUUCAUGAAGUACAGGAAGGACAGUAUUAAGGAGCAAAGUGACGUCGUGCACCUCUUCUCGGGGCGUACGUUCCAGAGCAGUCGCAGUGGGACGGCCUACACCGGAGGGGUGUGCUCUCUCACCAGAGGAGGGGGCAUCAACGAGUAUGGGAAUGUGGGUCCUAUGGCCAUCACUCUGUGCCAGAGUCUGGGUCAGAACAUUGGGAUGAGGUGGAACAACAUACGCAGCUCUGCGGGAGACUGCAGAUGUCCUGAUUCUUGGCUUGGUUGUAUCAUGGAAGACACUGGAUAUUACCUGCCCAGAAAGUUCUCUCGCUGCAGUGUUGAUGAGUACAUCCAGUUCUUGCUCCAGGGGGGCGGGAGCUGCCUCUUCAACAAGCCCAACAAGCUGUUGGACCCUCCUGAAUGUGGGAACGGCUUCGUGGAGACAGGGGAGGAGUGUGACUGUGGGUCUCAGCUGGAGUGUGCCCGCAGUGGAGGGGCGUGCUGUAAGAAGUGUACCCUGACCCACGAUGCCAUGUGCAGUAGUGGACUGUGCUGCAGUGGGUGCAGGUAUGAGCUGAGAGGAGCGGUUUGCAGACAGGCUGUGAAUGACUGUGACAUCCCAGAGAGCUGCACAGGAGACUCCAGCCAGUGCCCUCAUAAUGUGCACAAGCUGGAUGGAUACAUGUGUGACACUAGUCAGGGUCGUUGUUAUAGUGGUCGGUGCAGGACUCUCGAUGGCCAGUGUAAGGGACUUUGGGGCUACAAUUCAGCAGACCGCUUCUGCUAUGAGAAGCUGAAUGCAGAGGGCACAGAGAAGGGCAACUGUGGGCGGAGUCCUGAGGGCCAGGGAUGGCUGCAGUGCAACAAGCCGGAUGUGCUUUGUGGUUUCCUAUUCUGUAUCAAUAUGACGGUGAAGCCAAAGUUUGGGGAUCUGGAGGGGGAAGUGACCAGCCUUACAAUAUACCACCAGAACAAGUACCUGGACUGCCGAGGGGGCCAUGUCCUGCUGGAAGAUGGGUCAGACCUGGGCUACGUGGAGGACGGUACGCCGUGCGGCCCCAACAUGAUGUGUCUGGAGCGCCGCUGUCUCCCCGUGGCAGCCUUCAACCUCAGCACCUGCUCCGGCUCCACGCUGGGACGCACCUGCUCUGACCACGGGACAUGCAGUAACGAGGUGAAGUGUAUCUGUGACAGGGACUACACCGGGAAGGACUGCAGUGUCUUUGACCCCAUCCCUGACCCCACGCCGCCUGCCAACACGGAGAAGAAAGGAAUAUCCGAAGAGGAAGAUCUGGUGGAGGAUAAGAUGUCUGUCCGUCUGUCUGUCUUUGUCUGUCUGUUCCUGUCUUUCUCUCACUCUGUGAUGUUUCCAAGUCGGAGAAGAGAGAAGAAGUCUUCCACUCCUGUCCCGAACCUCUCCAGACCUCUUCUGUUAACACCUCCUCUCCUGUCCACUUCCUGUCUGUCCACCUGUCUAUCUCCGGCCCCUCCUGGACAGUGUAGCACCUCCCACAUUGCAUACCAGCCAAUUAUAUUAUCCAAUACGGAUAAAGUCUUUGCCACGGACAGAAUGAGAAGGUUGUUGUUGGUCCCUAGAGGGGCGUCAGGGUCUUCCUGCUUUCCAGCGACUAAGUAGUAUGCAUUUCGGUGUCUGCGUACUGUAGUUCCCUUUCCUUCCGCUUACGUCAGUCCAAUGAAGAACAUGUCAACAGUGGACAAAUUCAGUAUGAGACAUGUCUUUCCAAUGCUUGUCUGGAAACACACUUCUGGCCGCUGUUUGAGAAUGCUGGACUGGCCCAGACCUGCCAUCUGAAAAACGAUUUAAAUCAUAAGAUGUUGUCAAAGAAGCACAUCAAAACAAACAUUGAUCAAAGACUCAAGUGGCCAUUGGAUCAGUUGAACUGCCCCUUUCAGAGAGGCCAUGUCAGGUGACUGGAUGACAACCCAGAUUCAGACAUGAUCUAGUUACAACAACACGGCUGUGAUCCAAGAAGAGUCCUGUAUGGGACGUGUUGUGCACAGGCCAUUUCCAAAGAAAGAAGAGCAACUUAUUGUGAGAAUGACUAUGAAACAAAAGCAGUAGACCGUUCAAAACAUCAUGGACUGAUGUAGUUUUAGGUUUUAUGUUGAUUGUUAAUUCUUUGUUCCUGUCUGUUGAGAUGUAGGAAGGGGGAGACCCUAUGGUUUUGGGAUCAUAUUUAAAAUGCAGCAGAGACCGUAACUCAGUGUUUUCAACCGUAGAUCUACCAACACAACAUUCCACAUAGUGUUAGUUAACAGAGACUGUCUGUAUGUGUCUGUAUUCUAUUCGCCACCUACUUAAGAGGCCCAAAGUGUGUAUGGUAAAGGAGGUUGAAACUCUGUGUGUGUGUGUGUGUGUGUGUGUGUGUGUGUGUGUGUGUGUGUGUGUGUGUGUGUGUGUGUGUGUGUGUGUGUGUGUGUGUGUGUGUGUG